AUGGCCACACGGCUCAGAUCGGCUGGCAGGACCUGCACUGUCAUCGGGGGCUCGGGCUUCCUGGGACAGCACAUGGUGGAGCAGCUGCUGGCCAAGGGCUACAGAGUCAACGUCUUCGACAUCCAGCAGAGCUUUGAGAGCGAGCAGGUGACCUUCUACCUGGGGGACCUGUGUGACAAGGAGGCUUUGCUGCCAGCCCUGCAAGGAGUGUCUGUGGUGUUCCACUGUGCAUCACCAGCCCCUUCCAGUGACAACAGGGAGCUGUUCUACAAGGUGAAUUUUAUGGGGACCAAGGCAGUCAUUGCAGCCUGCAGAGAAGCUGGAGUGCAGAAAUUGGUGCUAACCAGCAGUGCCAGUGUCGUUUUUGAGGGCACAGACAUAAAAAAUGGCUCAGAAGAUCUCCCCUAUGCACAAAAACCUAUUGAUUACUACACAGAGACCAAGAUCCUGCAGGAGAAGGAGGUUCUCGGUGCCAACGACCCAGACAACAAUUUCCUCACCACUGCCAUCCGUCCUCAUGGAAUAUUUGGCCCCAGGGACCCUCAGCUGGUUCCCAUCCUCAUCCAAGCAGCUCGGAGUGGCAAAAUGAAGUUCAUCAUUGGGGAUGGAAAGAACUUGGUGGAUUUCACCUAUGUGGAGAACGUGGUGCAUGGGCACAUCCUGGCUGCAGAAAAGCUGCACAAAGAUUCUCCCCUGUGUGGGAAGGCCUUUCACAUCACCAACGAUGAACCAAUUCCCUUCUGGACGUUCAUGUCCCGGAUCCUGACCGGCCUGGACUACGACCCUCCCAAGUACCACAUCCCCUACUGGCUGGCCUAUUACCUGGCCAUGCUGCUGGCCCUGCUGCUGGCCCUGCUCAGGCCCCUGGUGACCAUCAAGGCCACCUUCACACCCAUGAGGGUGGCCCUGGCUGGGACCUUCCACUAUUACAGCUGUGAGAGGGCCAAGAGAGCCAUGGGCUACAGCCCCGUGGUCAGCCUGGACGAGGCCAUAGCCAGGACAGUGCAGAGCUACCCCGGCCUGCGCCGGGCCAGGGCCUGA